UGGAAUAGGACCAGGUGUUAGAAUACAAAAGGAUUCCAGUCCAGCACAAGGUUUCGGGAUGAGCUUCUUCAGUUUCGGACAAAGUGCUGAAAUUGACAUAGUUCUAAAUGAUGCCGAGACGAGAAAAAAGGCCGAGCACAAAACAGAAGACGGGAAAAAGGACAAAUACUUCUUGUUUUACGAUGGGGAGACAGUCUCUGGGAAAGUCAACGUAACGCUGAAGAACCCAGGCAAGAGGCUCGAGCAUCAAGGGAUCAAAAUAGAGUUUAUCGGGCAAAUCGAAUUGUACUACGACAGAGGAAACCAUCAUGAGUUUGUCUCUCUGGUUAAGGAUUUAGCUCGGCCUGGAGAAAUGGCUCAAUCUCAGACCUUUGAUUUUGAGUUCACACAUGUGGAGAAACCGUACGAGUCCUACACGGGCCAGAAUGUAAAACUACGCUAUUUCCUGCGGGCGACCAUCAGCAGGAGACUGAAUGACAUCUGCAAAGAAAUGGACAUUGUAGUGCACACACUCAGCACAUAUCCAGAACUCAACUCCUCCAUAAAGAUGGAGGUGGGAAUUGAGGACUGUCUGCACAUUGAGUUUGAGUACAACAAGUCCAAGUAUCACCUGAAAGAUGUGAUUGUAGGGAAGAUCUAUUUCCUGUUGGUGCGAAUUAAGAUCAAACACAUGGAGAUUGAUAUUAUUAAACGGGAGACAACCGGGACAGGGCCAAAUGUGUACCACGAAAAUGACACCAUUGCAAAAUAUGAGAUUAUGGAUGGAGCACCUGUGCGAGGUGAAUCCAUCCCUAUCCGUCUUUUUCUGGCUGGGUACGAGAUGACGCCCACCAUGAGGGAUGUUAAUAAGAAAUUCUCUGUUCGUUAUUACCUGAAUCUCGUACUCAUUGAUGAAGAAGAGAGACGUUACUUCAAACAACAGGAGAUUACGCUAUGGAGGAAGGGAGACAUUGUGAGAAAAAGCAUGUCCCAUCAGGCUGCCAUCGCCUCCCAGCGUUUCGAGGGCUCGGCGAGCGCAGAGAAAGCACUCUCUCAAGCUAAAGAGGACGACAACUAAACCCAACCAUGUCUUCUCAUCAUCUCAUGUGUGCAUGUGUCAAAGAGAGUGUGUGUAUGGAUUUAAAGAAGCCGUGCGCUCCCAAAAUAGAUGGCAACAUGAUACAUGAUAUUUCACAUUCCUAAACACAUCAGUUUAUGAUCAACAAGUUCCUAAGUAGCUUUUAAAAAGGGAUUAAUCUAUGAAAAGCAAAAACACUGAUUCCAAAAACCACAAUUUGAUAUUUACGAAUUCUUCUUGGCGGUUCCUCUGAGAUUGUUUACUUUUUGUCCGCCACCCUGGAAUUAAUUGACUGUAUAUUUAUUUGAAACAUUUCAGCAGUUCAUCUAGACAAAACAAACACAUUCCACUCUCUAAAUUCCAUUUACAGCCUUUCUUAAAGGGAUAGUUCACCCAGAAAUGAAAAUUCUGUCAUCAUUUACUCACCCUCAUGUCGUUUCAAACCUGUAUGAGU